GCAGCCGCAGCCGCAGCGCUGGCGGAGAAGCGCGCGGCCGCGAGCAAAGGAGGGAGGGAAGGAAGGAAGAGAAGGAGGCGGUUAGGCAGGCGGGCGCGGGGGUCGGGGACUGAGGCAGUAGAAGGAGGCGAGAGCCCGGCAGCUGCUUCGCUCUGUGUUUGCUGCACGGGCUUUUGAAGGGAGCCGUCCGUGGAGUCGGUCGAGGAGAAGCGGGCACCGGCGGCGUUGCUGCUGGCGCCUGGGGGCGGGGGACUGGGGACGCGAGAAGGGGGGUCGCUGCGGUGGUUCUCUCGCUGUCGCGCUCUUCUUGCCUUUCUCCCGGCUCCGUGGGCUCCUCCCGGCGUCUCCCUCGCCCCCGGGGCCCCGAUCCCCACCCCCCGCGGUAUGUCUUGAUCCCGAGCAGCGGGUUUCAUGGGGCUCCUCAGGAUUAUGAUGCCGCCCAAGUUGCAGCUGCUGGCGGUGGUGGCCUUCGCGGUGGCGAUGCUCUUCUUGGAGAACCAGAUCCAGAAACUGGAGGAGUCCCGGUCGAAGCUAGAAAGGGCUAUUGCACGACAUGAAGUUCGAGAGAUUGAGCAGAGACAUACCAUGGAUGGCCCUCGGCAAGAUGUAGCUUUAGAUGAGGAAGACGACAUGGUGAUCAUUUACAACAGAGUCCCCAAAACUGCAAGCACCUCUUUUACCAAUAUUGCCUAUGACCUGUGUGCAAAGAAUAAAUACCAUGUUCUUCACAUCAACACUACCAAAAAUAAUCCAGUGAUGUCACUGCAAGAUCAGGUGCGCUUUGUAAAGAAUAUAACUUCCUGGAAAGAGAUGAAACCAGGGUUUUAUCAUGGGCACAUUUCUUAUUUGGAUUUUGCAAAAUUUGGAGUGAAGAAAAAGCCUAUUUACAUUAAUGUCAUAAGGGAUCCUAUUGAGAGGCUAGUUUCUUACUAUUACUUUCUGAGAUUUGGAGAUGAUUAUAGACCAGGAUUAAGAAGACGAAAACAAGGAGACAAAAAGACCUUUGAUGAAUGUGUAGCUGAGGGAGGCUCAGACUGUGCUCCAGAGAAGCUCUGGCUUCAAAUCCCCUUCUUCUGUGGCCACAGCUCGGAAUGCUGGAAUGUGGGAAGCAGGUGGGCUAUGGAUCAAGCCAAGUAUAACCUAAUUAAUGAAUACUUUCUGGUGGGAGUAACUGAAGAGCUUGAAGAUUUUAUCAUGUUACUGGAGGCAGCUUUACCCCGGUUCUUCAGGGGUGCUACAGAACUCUAUCGUACAGUAGGAAAGAAAUCUCAUCUUAGGAAAACCACAGAGAAGAAACUCCCUACUAAACAAACCAUUGCAAAACUACAGCAGUCUGACAUUUGGAAAAUGGAGAACGAGUUCUAUGAGUUUGCACUAGAGCAGUUCCAGUUCAUCAGAGCCCAUGCUGUACGAGAAAAAGAUGGAGACCUCUACAUCCUUGCACAGAACUUUUUCUAUGAAAAGAUUUACCCUAAAUCGAACUGAGUACAGGCGUGACAGUUAAGAUUCUUGAACUACAACUUUGACUUUGUCUUUACCUUAGUUCUCAGCUCCACAACUUGGAUUGUUGAUGGGUAUAUAAGACACUUUGCAUUAGGGUACAGACAGUGACGUCAAGGAAGUAGAUUCUGGCUGAUAGGUCAGUGGUCCAGGAAGUUUAAGUUUCAGCCUAUUUUUUUCUGGUUAAAUUUUGGUGGGAGUUAUAACCUCCUGCCUGGACAAAACCUACACAUCACCUAAAAUAAAUACCUAGCAGGUCUAAUGGAAGGCUAGAUGCAGUUACAGAAAAGUUCUGAUACUCUGUUUUUGAUAAAGCAUCUUUUUCAACUAACCAUCAAUGAAGAUGAAUCCAUCUGCUUCUUUGCCUGGAGGUUUGGGUUGUACUCCCCUACUGGCUAGUGUUAUUAACUGUUUGGCAGUGUGUGCUUGAUUUUUAAAUGUUUGAUCAUGGUUGCUAAAAAUGUUUUUGCUGUAGUUGGAAUUGCCCAUGUUUAUGUAGGUCAUUUUAGUUUUCUUUUAAAAGAUGAUUAUUGGUGUUAAAACCAAUUUAAAUCAUUAUUAAUACUGUAAAAAGAAAGCAGUAUUUCUUAUUCCUAUCUCCCCAGUAUCUAAGAUUGGGGAAACACUUGAGAGAAUGUUGACAUUGCCUAAAGUUAAAAUAUUUUCCUUUAAGAAAGAUUUUUUCAUCAUGUUUAAUGGGAAAAAGUGAAUAUGUAAUAUAAACAGUCCAGUAGGGAAAUUUUGACUGUUUAUCCUUUAGAUCAUAUGUUUUUUCUUCAGAAUCUGUACAUAUUCUUGUGAUGUUUUUAAAAGUGGGUCCUGAUAUAGAUUUGACUCAUCUGUGGAUCCUAGAGAAGACACUCUAUGGGAUCCAGAUUCAAAUUCAGCAGCAGCUUCUUCUAGUUCUCCAGUUAUAUUCUGAUCUCUGCCUGCCUUUCAUUAGUUUUGUCUAGUUUAAUUGCCAAUGACUUUCUAACUUUUAGUUCUCCUAGGUAGAGUUGCUUAUAUUUUCCCAAUUCUGCUUUUUAUUAGAAAUUUCUUAAAAGGUUUCCAUCUUGCAGA